ACUGGGCAGGGACCAUCCCCUCUGCGCUAAUGCCGAGAGGCCGUCCACGCGCAACCCGUGCAAACACAGCGCGGAAGGCAGCCCGAGAGCGCUCAGCCUCACGAGUGCGCUCACCCUCACGAGUGCGCUCACCCUCUCGAGUGCGCUCACCUGCACGAGUGCGCUCACCUGCACGAGUGCGCUCACCUGCACGAGUGCGCUCACCUGCACGAGUGCGCUCACCCGCACGCACCCCGCGCCGCGAUGGCAAUCCCAAGGAGAGCAGCCCCUUCAUUAACAGCACGGACCUGGAGAAGGGCAAAGAGUACGAUGGCAAGAACAUGGCCCUCUUCGAGGAGGAGAUGGAUACAAGCCCUAUGGUCUCAUCCCUGCUGAGUGGACUGGCCAAUUACACCAACCUGCCACAGGGCAGCCGGGAGCAUGAGGAGGCUGAGAACAACGAUGGAGGCAAGAAGAAGCCGGUGCAGGCCCCACGGAUGGGCACCUUCAUGGGUGUCUACCUGCCCUGCCUCCAGAACAUCUUUGGAGUCAUCCUCUUCCUGCGUCUCACCUGGGUGGUGGGGAUCGCUGGCAUCAUGGAGUCAUUCUGCAUGGUCUUCCUCUGCUGCUCCUGCACGAUGCUGACGGCCAUUUCCAUGAGUGCGAUCGCCACCAACGGUGUGGUGCCAGGUAGAGCCAAGCCCGCGUCCACGCGUGUGCCACGUGUGCGGGCAGCCGGUCCCUGCCGGGUGGGGUGCCUGCAGGGGCUUUUCCCAGAGAGCAUCCCCCGGGGCCGCCAGCCGCUCCCCAGCCUUCUGCCAGCAGCCCGCGCGGGAUCCCCAG